UGCAGGAUCCGCUUUCAACUCAGCCGAGAUCUGACCUCUCUGCCAGAGCAGUCAUUUGAGGACUUUGCUGAUUACCAUCUGCGGUUUUGAUGUAAAAGAGCCUGAAUUUUGUAUUUGCGUUGACUUUUUGCAAACCCAUCGCCGGCUGCAGAGUAAAAAACAGAAAAUGUGAGUUGGACUACUUGUGAGAAUGGAUGUGAUGUUGCCAUGUCUCUCUUUGACCUUAACUAUGUUGGCGAUGUUUGCUGUGAAAAGCAAAGUGGAAGCUAGUACUUUGCGACACCAGAGGAUUUGCAAUCUAAUUUCUACUACCGCACUCUGUCAGGGAAAGAAGCUGCAUUGGGUACCAGUGGAUCUGCCUACCAAGACUGAAGAGCUUUAUCUUAGCGAAAAUUUUGUUCAAUCGAUUACAAAUGAAUCACUUCUUUCUUACUCAAGGCUCUCCAAACUGAACCUCAGAAACAAUCGGAUGGAGCUAAUUGAGUCUGGAGCCUUUUCUAACAACAGGAAUCUACAAGAAUUAAAUCUAGAAAACAACCAGAUGUAUAAGCAUUAUACAGUGACCCAUUUGGCACUGAAAACAAUCCCAAAUUUAAAGAAACUGGAUUUAUCAAGGAACAGUCUCAGUGAAGAUAUGGCAUCAUUCCUUGUCCACAAUCUAUCCUCACUGGAAUAUCUAUCGCUGACUGGAAAUGCCAUUAUGCGAUUGGAGCCUUCCUCAUUUGAAGGGCUAGUCCAGCUUCAAGAAUUGAACUUAGAGAAAAAUUAUAUCUAUGAAAUUGAGAGUGGAACAUUUGAAGCUUUGAAGUAUUUAAAAAAGUUGAACCUAGCUCAGAAUCACAUUCCUUGUAUUGUGGAUUUCAGUUUAUCCCAAAUUGUAGUAUUAAAUAUCAGCCAUAACAUCAUGGAAAUGUUUUUAGCCAGAGAAACAGACGAUGAGUUUCAACUGAAAAUGUUGGAUCUGUCCAGUAACAAAUUGUUAUUUUUCCCUCUUUUGCCUAAACACAACAAACUGAAGUCCCUUUUACUGGCGGACAAUGAAAUGAGUUUUUAUCGUGAUCUGAUGAACAACUCUGGUUCCAACAAAGUUGAGUUUAUUCAGAUUGUUGGCAACGUGUCCAACAUCACAUCUGUGGACCUUUGGGAUGAGGCAAUUUCUAUAAACAGCUCAGCAUUAGAUGUUCUAGAUAUGAGCCGGAAUUCAUUUCGAUACCUCCCUUAUGGAUUCUUUGAAGGAAUGACAUCCCUAUCAACUCUAAACCUCAAUCAGAACUGCUUAAAGAAAUUUGCUCUAACUGAGGCUGAUCCUCUUAAUUUUCUUCAGACAAUUGAUCUCAGUCAAAAUCAACUUACUCACAUAGAUUUUGGUGAGAAUGGGAUGGAAAAGCUGAAUCUUUUAAACCUGAGUUCGAACAGACUGGAAUUAGUGCCUUCACACCUCUUUGCUCAAAUGCCGCAGAUCACAACAGUGGAUCUCAGUCGCAACAACAUCUUCAUUUGUACAGACCCUGUUGAGAAGGAAACCAGGUUUUUAAACAGGAGCUGUGUUGUGUUGGCAUAUAUAAAAUCAUUGAGAUAUCUUUAUUUAUCUAACUGUGGAUUGACGUCUCUACCCGCCCAUGUUUUUAAUGGGUCACCAAUAACCCAUCUGGAUCUAUCAUACAACACUGCAAUACAAUUCCACACAGAGACAUUUCAAGAUGUUGCCAGAUCAUUGCAAUUCUUAUCUUUGAGAAACACUAGUCUUACAUCCUGCCAGUUAAACAGUGUCCUCUCCUAUUUCAGCAACCUCCAGAACUUGGACUUGUCUGAAAAUGCUAUAGUAAGUCUUCCACCUAUACUGAAAAACCUUGCUCUAAAAAUGUUGGAUUUACGUAAAAACCAGUUAACCACUCUACCACAUGAUGUGCUGCAGAGACUCUUGAAUAGCCUUCAGAUUGUUUUUCUAAGUGGCAACUCAUUUGACUGUUGCAAACUGAACUGGUGGAGCUCCUUGAUCAACGCAAAGUCAUUGAUUAUUGCAGAUGGAUCAGCUAUCACUUGUAAUAUUUCCUCAAAACUAGAGAGUGUUGAUAGGAUUUACCCGAUCACUAAAAUCAAAUGUAAAGUGAAUAAUGUUGCUUUAAGAUAUUUCUUAAUGUUGUUGGUAAUAGGCCUGUGUGUCCUCACCAUUUGUGUAAUGGGUUUUCUUUACUUGCAUUCUAAAUCAUUGCCCAAAUAUGUAAAAGCAAAAUGCAUUACUAGUACACAAUAUUGAUUCUGUACAAUGUGUAGAAUUGACACUGGGAUUUGAAUCUCAUCUCUGUUUGAAAGCUUGAUAUAAAUAUUGCACUCACUACCAAUGAAAGUUGAAUAUACAGUGCUGACCUCAUUCAAAAGUAUUUAUGGUAUGAAUAACUGUGAAACUAUAUAUUCACGUGUACAACAUAGAAAAUAUAUAAAAAUGAAAUGUAUAUGGGAGAAAAAAUAUUUUUAAAAGAAAGUCACAUCAGAAACAUUAAAACUGUUGAAAAGAUACUGGCUAAUUUGAAGGAUUUGUCUGUACUUUAACUGAACAGGGAUGGCUGGUGUGAACAUUUCAAUAUUAGAAGGGAAGGGGCACUGUAUUGUGAUGUGAAACAGGAACCUUG